AUGAAUAAGGCUGAUAUACGACCACGACCCGCGCUUGAUCCAGAUAGUGUUGCUACGUUUCUUUUAACAAGUGGAACAACAGGGUAUUAUGGUGAUGAAGCAAAAACAAAGGAUAUAAUUGAUGACGGUGGUUGGCUACAUACAGGUGAUGUUGGUGAAUGGACAGCAAAUGGUACAUUACGCAUCAUUGAUCGUAGCAAGCACAUUUUCAAAUUAAGCCAAGGUAAGUAUGUUGCACCUGAACGUCUUGAAGAAAUAUAUCUUCGUUCUCGAUGGGUUUCUCAAAUCUUUGUCGAUGGUCGUCCAAUACAAGCAACAGUCGUGGCUAUUAUUGUACCUGAUAAAGAGUACAUUGAACAGAAUUACGCUUCGACAGCACCAAAAUCAUUCGAAGAAUUAUGCAAAAGUGACGAGUUCAAAAAAUUCAUUAUGAACGACCUACUUCAUUUAGCUGAAGAAAAUAAGCUGCAAUACUUUGAAACCAUCAGCAAUAUUUAUAUUUCCCAUGAACCAUUUUCCCAGGAGAAUAAUCUAAUCACAUCAACCCUCAAGAUACGACGAGCCAUGGCUCGACAACGGUUCCAAACGAUCAUCGAUUCACUCUACAAUGUUACCGAAACAGAAACGAAAUAA